CUAGUUGUUACUUAGAAUAUUUGUCGUCAGAUGGAAUACACUUUAUAUUAAAAAUUGAUGUGUGGCAAAUAAUUUUACAGAUUAAAUUUAAGUACAAUAAUUUCUUAUGGCCGAAGAAGACUAUAAGCCUGGCCAACUGCCAUACCCAGAGCAAGAUGAGCGCAAAAAGUUUUGUUUAUUUCAUUAUAAAGGCGUGCUCCUUGUGCUAAUUCCAUUGCUAUUUAGUCCGAUUUUACUCGGACCCGAAGUGCAUGCAUAUCGCAUGAUCUAUCUGACAGUUUGUGUUUAUCUCUAUUACAUAUUCAAUGUUAUGGCUCAGGGUGCAAUUGCAUUUAUUUUCAUUGUCUUUAUACCGAUAUGUGGUAUAUCGACCUCGAAAUCGUUAUGUACCGCCCACUAUUCCGAUCUAAUAUUCGAAACAUAUGGAGCAGUAUUCAUAGGUCUCGCCAUGGAAUCCUCAAAGCUAAACGAACGUCUGGCAACAAUUGCGAUUAGCUUCGUCGGCGGCAAUAUAAGAUUUUUGCAAUUUUUGCUUUUUGUAAUCGUCGCUGAACUUUCAUUUUUGUUCAACGCCUCAUUUGUGUCCGCGGUUUUUAUGAAGAUAGCAAUGGCAAUUGUCGCCGAGUACAACACGGCUGGCAUAUUGACAGCAAAUAGUGAAGAGGAAACAUACGAGCGACAGGCCAAACCGUAUCCAACUUGGCCAGUCGUUGGCAUUUAUUUGACCGUCUGCUAUGCAUCUACAAUUGGCGCAAUGCUCUCGCCAUUUCAGAAUCCCAAUGGCAUCAUCUUGACCGUCUUCAAUCUCUUUAUGAAGGCGGGUGUUGGUGGUAUUAUUAUUGCGAUUUUACUCGCACAUAUUCUAGGAUAUAUCGUGGCAAUUCUGUGGAUUCAAAUUGUUUUCCUUGGCUUGUUUGGUGGACCAGUGAAGGAACAAGUCGAAGCUGCCGCAGCGGGCAAGGAUACCAUGACCAAGGCCAUGAAUGACAAGAAAACCGCCAUGGGCCCAUGGAAUAUCCAUGCCAAACUUGUUGCCAUAUUGUUAUGGGUUACAAUGAUAGCGCUAGUCCUUCGAAGCCCCCAAUUCACAAAUGGAUGGGAUGAUGAAAUCCACUUGGCCCGUUGUGGCGCCUCAGUCGCUUUGAUUGCCGCUUGUAUUCUGUUCUUUGCGAUCCCAGCAAACUAUUUCUUUUGCCGUUAUUACGUGUGCCGUGAACCCGAGAAGCCGGGCACAUCUCCUUCUUUGGUCGGCUGGAAGCUGGUCAAUUCGAAUACGCCUUGGGCCCACAUCUUUAUGUUGGCAGCCGGACAUGGCUUCGUAGUUGGUCUGCGAGAUUCCAAAUUGUUGCUGUUGUUGCAACAGAUGUUGGUGCGCAAGCAACUCGAUCUUGGCUAUUGCCUCUUCUUGGGCAGCUCAUUGGGCACGUUGUUCACAUUCCUGGCGCCUGGCACCGCCUUGGCUCGCAUGACACUGAUGCCCAUGUUUAAAGCGGGAAUUCAAUUGCGCAAGGGAACUGGCAGCGUUGGCAUU